AUGGAGGAGGAGUCGAUGUCAGGACACAGCUGUUCGGAAGACGAUAUCAGUGUGGGGCGCCCGUCGCCGGCUCCGUCGCGAUCUCCUUCGCCACAUGAUUACUUCAGGCCACUGAAACGGUUGAAGAUGGCUUCAGAGCCUGGGGAGGAGCGUAGAGGCGAAGGGGUUAAGAGUUUUUCAAUUUUGGACAUUCUGAGUCACAGCCCUCGUACUCCGCCGCGUAUUGUGCGUCCAUGGGAUGCGUCAGGGUUGGAACGGUUGCAGCGGCUUCAGAGACUUGCCGGUGCGGCGUUAUUAGACGGCGAACGAUGGCGUUUGGCAGCCCUAGGGUUACUUCGGCCUCGGGACCUAGGAUCGGCGGAAUGCUGCGACUCAGCGAGCGAGCGGUCAUCGUCGGCCUCCGACUGCUGUUCGGAGCCGCGGCGCGCGCCGCAGCAAGGUUCGGCGGCUCCUCACACGCCGCUCGAUGCUCUCUUCCACAUGACUAGCAAGACCUUCGAAGCCAAUAAUGCUGACAAUGGAGGUACGUCACACUCUUAUUCACCUGGAGCCAUAGCCUUAAAUUUUUUAUUUUAA